AUGCGUCUUCAAGUGACUACUGUGAUGGCCGUGUGGGCUGCUGUCUCGGCUUACCAGGGCCUGACUGCCGCCCAAAGCCUUUCCUGGCCUCGCGAUAUGGAUUUCAAGGUGUUCAGUAGGAGACUUUCUAGCUCCGCAAAGAUCUACUACCCAGGCUCAGAUAAGUUCGACGAGGCUACUUCUCGUUGGUCGAAUCUGGAGAUACCUACCGUGGACAUUGUUGUUGUUCCCGGCACUGAGAAUGAUGUUGUCGAGACUGUGAAAUUCGCUGGCAUGAAGAACAUGCCUUUCCUGGCUUACAAUGCUGCUCACGGAGCAAUCACCACGCUAGGGAAGAUGACUAGCGGUGUUGAGAUCUACUUGGAUCAACUCAGUAGUGUAGAUGUGGCCAACGAUGGCAAGACUGUUACAAUUGCUGCAGGAACUAAGUCUAAACUGGUGACCGACACGCUCUGGGAUGCUGGAAAACAGACGGUUACUGGUGCUUGUGAAUGUGUUAGUUACUUAGGCCCUGCUUUGGGUGGCGGCCACGGUUGGCUUCAGGGCCACCACGGGCUUAUCGCUGACCAGUUUGAGUCAAUUAACAUGGUGCUUGCGAACGGCACUUUAGUCACAUUGAACUCUGACUCUGAGCUCUGGUGGGCUAUAAAAGGUGCUGGCCAUAAUUUCGGCAUCGUUACCUCCGUCACCUCUAAGGUUUUCGAUAUUGAGCAUAGGAAUUGGGCUAUUGAGAUUAUCACCUUUAGUGGUGACAAGGUUGAGAGAGUCUACGAGGCCGUCAAUAAAUAUCUGCUCAAGAAUGGUACCCAGCCUACUGAUGUUAUUAGCUGGUCGUACUGGUUCAACAAACCCGAUGCAGACGCCAACAACCCCAUUAUCCAAGUUUUGAUCAUCCAAGAAGGUGUUAAGGCCGUGGACUCUGCCUAUACUGCUCCCUUCCACUCAAUGGGACCUAUAGCUAUAGAACCCCAUAGCGGCAGCUAUACUGACCUGGCCAAAUGGGCUGGCAUCACUACGACUUCCGAGCCUUGCAAGAAAAACGGAGCUAUGAACCCCCGGUUUCCCAUCUAUCUCGAGACAUAUGACGUGGCCGCGCAGAAGAGAGCGUAUGAGGCUUUUGCCGAGGGUGUCCGGGGCUCUUCCAUCUUCAAUAACUCCCUGGUUACAUUUGACGGAUACUCGACCGAAGGGGUAAAGUCCAUCGAUUCUAGCAGCACUGCGUUUGCCUUCCGUGAUCAAAAUAUCCUCGCUGCACCCUUAAUCAGUUACAUGCCUGACGGUCCUGAGCUGGACAAGAAGGCUGCUACGCUUGGUAAAAAUAUCCGAGAGAUUUUGCAUAGAGGGUCUGGACGUGAGCAUAUGCGGGCGUAUGUCAACUAUGCGUAUGGUGAUGAGGGGCCCACGGAGUGGUAUGGUAGUGAGAGCUGGAGACAAAACCGGUUGCAGAGCCUGAAGAAGAAAUAUGACCCUAAUGGGAUGUUCAGCUUCUAUGCGCCAAUUGCUUAG